AUGCUCCAGCUACCCCGAAAGUUGUCAAGAGCAAUGGUUCUAGCACUACUGUCCCUCGCAAUCGCGUCCACCUUCUCCACAAGAACCUUCAUCGACGCUCCAGCUACUACUACGACGAUCCAACCGCAAUCCUCUAACAACAACUCCAACUUCAUCUCGACCAAGAUCUCUUUUCCACGCGUCGACCAGUGGUCCACAACUGCCCCCGCACCGUCGACCUUCACCACCGUUGCCGUCCCAUCUCUAGAACCACGCGCCGUUGCGCCACCUCUACAGAGCCCGCGCAGGAAGGUCGACAAACUCGGCUGGGCAAAAGCCUGGUGGGUCCAACCAGCGUCAUACGGUCUUCUCCUCUUCGACUUCGGAUCUCUCCUCGUGCUCAUUAGUUUCUGGGCGAAGGGAUGGAUGGAUUGUCGCAUGAACCUCACCCUGUCCCACCGCCAGCCUCCGCGCGCCCCCUCCCCCCGCGCAGCCGACGACCUAACAAACUACCGCCAACUGCAGCGCUCUUUGCUCCGCGCGCAGCAGCUCGCCGACGCCACCGCUGCCAUGACCACCAGCCCCUCUCCGCCGCGCGAGCGCGCAUGGACGCGCUUCAGCGAGCCCAGCCCGGCGGCCGAUACGUCUUCGAUUAACGGACCAGGCGGCGCCAGCAACAGGAGAGAGGCGCCGCUUCCGCCCACGCCGCAGGGGUGGCGCCGCUAUGGCGCGCAUGCGAGGGAGUACGAGACGUGGAGACGGGGGCGGAGGGAGAGGGUGCAGCCGAGACAGAGCGAGACUCAGAGACAGAGCCACACGCUGGGACCGGAACCGCUGCCACGACGGCCGCCGGCGCAGCCGAGGAGGCUGAGAUGCACGCCCAGGGAGAUGGAUGUUGAGGAGGGUCAAAUGUUUCGGGUGUUGGGGCAGGUAGGGUUUGGGGCCGGAGCUGAUCAAGGUAAUAGGGCUGGGAUGGCAUCUAUGGGUGAGACGGAGAACCGGGUUGGAGAUGCAGCGGAGACGAGACUUCAGGACAGAGAGAGACAGACCGGAGAUCGAACCGGGACCGGGACCUGGAUCGAGCCUGGAGCGAAUAUCGAGACACACCGCGAACCUGAGCCCGAAGCUGGGCGCCCUAUUGGAACGGAAGCGGCGGAAGCAGAGACUGGAGAUCGCGCGCGAGGUAUGUAG